CGCAACAUAAAUAAAUAGCUAAACUAGCCUAGCUAGGUUACUUAUUUCGUAAAAGUUAGUCAUAACGUGAAUUGUUACAACGAAAAUCUUCAGCUCUAAUGUGCUCGUCUUUUUAAAAUGGGGGACGAAAAGCAACAAACUUGUCCCAAACGUAUUUUUAUUAACGACGUCGACAGAUAUUCCUCCAGACACAUCGCUAAGUUUUUAUCGACCGCCACCGUGGACGAGGAGGCCGCCGAAGAAGCCGAAGAAGCAGGAGACAGCUCCUCCGCUCGAGGUGAACCUGCUUUUCAAAUAGUGGGGACUGCGUCCAUCAACCGUGGCCAGGAGCCCUUUCUGCUCCAACAGUAUCCGUCACCAACUCGAGACAAGCUUCUUGAGCGCCUGCUGGAGUGUGACAUAGUGGUGUACAACAUCUCAGAAAGUGCUACACAACAGCAGAUUGAAGAAGCCACAUGGGCAAUCACAAGUCUUCAUGCCGAGAUGGAGAACUUCAAGUCUCGAAAAAUGUUCAUCUUAGUCUCAAGUGUGAUGACCUGGGCUACGACCAAGCCACUGGAUCCGGAAGAAACAAAUGUUCUGCUCACAGAGGAAGAGUUCAGAAGAAGAAGGCCACAUCCCAAUUUCAGAAACCACAAUAGUUUGGAGAAACUUGUGCUGAAACUGGGCAGAGGUAGAAAGUCCAAGCUCGCUGGAUAUGUUGUAGCUUGUGGUCUUCAGUAUGGAGAGGGAGAGAACCUCUUUCACUACUUUUUCAAGGUCGCUUGGUUGAUGCAGUUUCCAAAAGUUCCUCUCUUUGGACCGGGCACGAAUCAUAUCCCCAUGAUUCACGUAAAUGAUCUUGCAGGAGUGAUCCAAAACAUUGUUGAACUCAAGCCAAAGUCAAAGUACAUUCUUGCUGUCGAUGACUCCAAGAACACUUUAGAGGAUAUUGUCAAGAUGAUAAGCCAAAUACUUGGUUCCGGAGAAAUUAACAAAGUACCUGAGCAGGAUGCCAUCGCCAUGAAGGCUUAUACGCAAGAGGAAAUGGAAUACCUUAAUAUCAACCUCCGCCUGGAUGCUUCCAUUAUAAAAGACUUCAGUCUCAACUGGACGUCUGAAGCUGGGAUGGUUGAAAACAUGGCGAGCAUUGUUGAGGAAUACAAAGACCACAGGCAGCUUCUUCCAAUCAGAAUCUCUCUGGUUGGACCUCCAGCUGUGGGUAAAACCAUCAUUGCAGAGAAGCUCUGCAGUCAUUACCAAAUACAACACAUCGAGAUCAAACAGGUCAUAGAGGAAAAGAUCACACAGCUGAAGGCGAUAGUGAAUGGAUCUGACCCUGAACUUGUCAGUGAAGAAGUGACUGCUGCAGUGAAACAACUGGAACAGUUUAACCAAAGCAUUGCAAUGAAUGCAGGUCGACUGGCUGACCAUCUCGUUGUUAACAUUUUGAAAGAAAAGCUGAAUUCAAAGCUGUGCAGGAACCAAGGAUUUGUUCUCAAUGGCUUCCCCGAGUCCUAUAAGGAGGCAAAGCUGAUUUUCUCUGAUGAGGACACAGAGAACCAGGAUUUGAUGCCCAAAACACGCGUGUACAACAAGAAUAUCACUCCAGAGCAUGUUUUUGCCCUCAAUGCGACGGAUGAUUUCCUGACGAAGAGAGCUCAGGGACUUCCACAGAGGGAGGCUGAGAACAUGUCUUACACGCAGGAGGAAUUUGUGCCUCGCCUGGCGAGAUACCGACUCCUCAGCACCGCGGAGGAAACCCUGCUGGACUACUUUGAUGAGCUGGAAAUUCACCCGGAACAUAUCGAGAUCACUGCAGCUGAUUCAGAGUACAUAUAUGUUAUGAAGAAGAUCACAGAGAUGGUGGGGAUUCCCAAAAACUAUGGACUGGGUCCAGAGGAGCAGGAGGAGGAGGACAGAAAGAAAGAGGAAGAGAGGAAGCAGAAACUGUCUGGAGAUGCUGCUGAGAAGAAACAAAGGAAUGAAGCUGCACUGGCUGAGAUAGCUGCUCAGUAUGAGGAGUGGCAGAGGAAUUUGUCCGAGGUGCAGCGGCAGGAGUCCGAGCUGCAGGAAGCUCACUCUCUUCCUCUGAGGAACUAUCUGAUGAAGUAUGUGAUGCCCUCGCUCACUGAAGCCAUGGUGGAGUGCACCAAGAUCAAACCAGAGGACCCCGUCGACUUUUUGGCUGAACAUCUCCUACGGAACAAGCAACAACAAUGACAUCGAUCUAAUGAGGAAAAAAAUCAGAAAGUGCCUUUAAUUUGAAGUGAUUGUGAGUUACUCACCUUUUUAAUUAACUUCUGCAUUAAGUUCUGCAGUUAUACAUAUUAAUAACGUAAUUAAUAAAGGGUUGUGUUUCUCUUUUUUCGAUAAGCAUUCAGUAAAAAUUAGUGAGUCAUUUGAAAACACAUUUGAAUGUUAAUUUGUCAUUGACAAUAACACAUCCAGUCUGCAGUUGUAAAUGUAAACAGAUUUUUAAUGAAUGGGUUGUUAGAUAAAAAGGACGUCAGAUGCUCUGACGUCCUUUUUAUAAGGUCAAAGGUCAAAUGCUCCAUUGCAGGGUCUAUCCAUUUAUACAUGCAUUGAUUAAUUGCAAAUCACAUGUAUGCCAAGAGAAAAUGUCAGCAAGUGACAAAGUGGAAAAUAAAUAUUGGGUCCUGCAGAUUGUGAAUAUGAAAACUAAGAACUGUUUGCAUAACACUCAUUAGUGCUUUAUUACACAAACACAGAGUAAUGAAAUACUUUGCAGAUAUAUUGUAAUAUGGUAUAAAUAUACAAUAUAUUGUC